AUGUGUGGGAGUUAUGACAUGAAAAAUCUGGGAGCACUUUUAGCUGGGGUUGUGUACGGAUUCUUCACUUGUCCGGUGUUUCAACUUGGAAGUGGAAGUGAAGCGAUUAUGACAGUUGGGGCAGAGAAACAGAACAGCGCUGACCCGUGUAAAUCGUUUCUGAUUUUCACAAUCUUUGUCGCGGUUCUUGUGACUUGUGUGCUAGUCCUUGGCGAUGGACCAUUGACCUUCCCUACAUACGAUGAUGUUUUCUACUCUCUCAUAUACUGUAUCAUCAUCAUCAUCAUCAUCAUCAUCAUUGUCAAGACAUCAACUAUAUAA